AUUUUGAUACAAAACCCAACAUGUCAGCGCCGGAACAACACGAGACUCUCCUAGAAGCGUUCCAGCUCUCGGCCGCCCACAUCUCGGCCGCCCUCACGGCCACGCUGACCGACUUGCACGCGAGCGUGACCGAGACGACGACCUCGUACGUGACCAAGGUGCACGACACGACCGCGAGCGUCGCGUCCAACGUGACCGAGACCAAGGCCAGCCUCCAAGCGUCGCUCAACGAGAAGACGCAAGUGCUCCAGGAGCGCGCGGAUGAAGCCACGAAGGAGAUCACGCGCAUGCUCAACGAGCUCACGGCGCAGGCGCAGCAAAAGUGGACGGACGCCAGCGGCGCGGUCUGCGAGCACUACACGGCUGCGACCCAGGACCUGUACGAGAAGGCUGAGGCGGCCAAGCGCCAGGUGCAGCAGGCACUUGAGGAAGGCAAGAGCCAGCUGCAGCACCAGUACGAGGCCGCCUUUAAGGCCGCUGAGCCCGCCGCCGAGCCCGCGGCCGAGCCUGCCGCAGCGCCGUAACUCUAUAUCUUUAACAUUCGGUGUCUCGAUUCUUCUUGU